AUGGCAUCUUUCCGCUCACGGAUCAUCGGCACCUGGGAUCUCGUAUACUACAUCGCCAUCAACGCCGAAGAUCCAAAUGACGUCGUCUACCCCAUGGGCAAAGACGCCAAGGGCCAAAUCAUGUACACCCACGACGGGUACAUGGCGGCUCUGCUCCAAGCAGGGGACCUCAGACCAUUCGAGCACGACUGGAACCACGGCACCACCGAAGAACUGGCCGCUGCGGCGAAGAAGACCAUGGCCUAUGGCGGUCCCUUCUACCUCGACGAGGAGGGACCCCGACCCGAACCGGGCACACCCCGGACGAUCAUCCACCACGCUCAAAUCAGCAUGCACCCGAACUUGAUCGAUACGUUGCAAGUCCGACGGGCGGAGCUCUUCCAGGAAGACGGCCACGAGUACAUCAUGUUGGGCCCUGAGUCUCCGACUGAGUGGGAGGGGACCCGACGUCUUUUGCGCCUCAAGUGGCGGAAGCGCGAUCAGAACAAUGCGACGAAGCCUCCACGCGAGGCUAGAGAGUUGAAGCUGUGA